GAGCCGCCUCCCCCGGCUGCUGGCACCCGGAGCUUCCUUCCUCGCCAGCCAGGACGCUGCUGCUUUGACUUUGCCCGCUGUUCAGCUAACGAGGCUGCAAAGCUGCAACUAAGUGGAGUUGGCCUCCCUGCCCACCUGUGGAAGAAACACGCUGAUUGAUGCACCAUCGACUUUUUUUUUUACCCUUCAGCCUCGCCGGCGUCCCCUCCCACAGAUGCAACAUCACCCAGUGAAUGUACCAUUAGACUGGUUUUUCCCCCUAGCUUCGGGCUUUGUUUGGGUUUGAUUGUGUUUGGCUCUUCGCUAAGCUGAUUUAUGCAGCAGAAUUCCCAUCGGCUGGGGAGAAACAAAAGCUCUUUUCUUUGUCCCAGAGCGGGCUGGGGAGCCGUCGCUCGCGUCGCCGCCCCAGGCCAUUGGCCGUCGGAGGAGGUGCUUCUCGCGGAGAUUUUGGGACCCGCUGUGCCGAGUUUGGAGGGCCGCGGGGGCCCUGAGAUGCCGAGCGGUGUCCGAGCCAGCGUACUUGCACCGCUUGCUCCGAGCCGCGGGGUCCGCCUGCCGGGGCUCCUGGAAACGUCCUAGCGACACUUGGUCCGCGGGCCCCCGAGGUGCGCCCGGGAGGCACGAGCGCGCAUCCGGAGAGCAGCCAGUUGGCGGGCGCUGCGCCCGCUGCUUUGCAUUAUGUGCCGCUCGGCCCUGGCUUUUUUUACUGCCGUAUUUGUCUGUCUGCAAAACUGCCGGCCAGGUCCUGCCCCAUUCCUUCGGGCGGCCUGGGUAUUUUCAGUUGUUCUUGGACUGAGCCAAAGUGAGAACAAUCGAUGUGCGUCCUCAAAUGCUGCGUCCUGCACCAGGUGCCUCGCGCUGGGUCCCGAAUGUGGAUGGUGUGCUCAAGAGGAUUUCAUUUCAGGUGGAUCAAGGAGUGAACGUUGUGAUAUUGUGUCCAAUUUAAUAAGCAAAGGCUGCUCGAUUGAUUCAAUAGAAUCCCCAUCUGUGCACGUAAUACCAAGCGAAGAUGACAUGAAUACCCAGGUGACACCGGGAGAAGUGCGGAUCCAGCUGCGUCCAGGAGCUGAAGCUAAUUUUAUGCUGAAAAUUCAUCCUCUGAAGAAAUAUCCUGUGGAUCUUUAUUAUCUGGUUGAUGUCUCAGCAUCAAUGCACAAUAAUAUUGAAAAAUUAAAUUCUGUUGGAAAUGACUUAUCUAGAAAAAUGGCUUUUUUCUCCCGUGACUUCCGUCUUGGAUUUGGCUCCUACGUGGAUAAAACAGUUUCACCAUAUAUUAGCAUCCACCCAGAAAGGAUUCAUAAUCAAUGCAGUGACUACAAUUUAGACUGCAUGCCUCCCCAUGGGUACAUCCAUGUGCUGUCUCUGACAGAGAACAUCACUGAAUUUGAAAAAGCAGUUCACAGACAGAAGAUCUCUGGAAAUAUAGAUACACCGGAAGGAGGUUUCGACGCCAUGCUUCAGGCAGCUGUCUGUGAGAGUCAUAUUGGAUGGAGAAAAGAAGCUAAAAGAUUGCUGCUGGUGAUGACAGAUCAGACCUCUCAUCUUGCCCUUGAUAGCAAAUUGGCAGGCAUAGUGGUGCCAAAUGAUGGAAACUGCCAUCUGAAAAACAAUGUGUACGUCAGAUCAACAAGCAUGGAACAUCCCUCACUAGGCCAACUUUCAGAAAAGUUAAUAGACAACAACAUUAAUGUCAUCUUUGCAGUUCAAGGAAAACAGUUUCAUUGGUAUAAGGACCUUCUACCCCUCUUGCCCGGCACCAUUGCUGGUGAGAUAGAAUCAAAGGCUGCAAACCUCAACAAUUUGGUAGUAGAAGCCUAUCAGAAACUUAUUUCAGAAGUGAAAGUUCAGCUGGAAAACCAAGUGAAAGGCGUCUAUUUAAACAUUACCGCCAUCUGUCCAGAUGGAACCAGAAAGCCAGGCACAGACGGAUGCAAGAACGUGACAAGCAAUGACGAAGUUCUUUUCAAUGUAACAGUUACAAUGAAGAGAUGUGAUGUCACAGGAGGAAAAAGCUAUGCAAUUAUCAAACCUAUUGGUUUCAAUGAAACCACUAAAAUUCAUAUACACAGAAACUGCAGCUGUCAGUGUGAAGACAGCAGAGGCCCUAAAAGAAAGUGUGUAGAUGAAACUUUUCUAGAUUCCAAGUGUUUCCAGUGUGAUGAGAAUCAAUGCCAUUUUGAUGAAGAUAAGUUUUCUUCUGAGAGUUGCAAGUCACACAAGGAUCAACCCGUUUGCAGCGGUCGAGGAGUUUGCAUUUGCGGGAAAUGUUUGUGUCACAGAAUUAAGCUUGGAAAAGUAUAUGGAAAAUACUGUGAAAAGGAUGACUUUUCUUGUCCAUAUCACCAUGGAAAUCUGUGUGCUGGGCAUGGAGAGUGUGAAGCAGGCAGAUGCCGCUGCUUCAGUGGCUGGGAAGGGGACCGGUGCCAGUGCCCGUCCACAUCAGCCCAGCACUGUAUCAAUCCAAAGGGCCAAGUGUGCAGCGGAAGAGGCACGUGUGUCUGUGGCAGGUGUGAGUGCACAGAUCCCAGGAGCAUUGGCCGCUUCUGUGAACACUGCCCCACGUGUCACACAGCCUGCAACGAAAACUGGAAUUGUGUGCAAUGUCUUCACCCUCACAAUCUGUCUCAAGUUAUACUUGAUCGAUGUAAAACCUCAUGUGCGUUCAUGGAACAGUAUCAUGCGGACCAAGUAUCAGAAUGUUUCUCUAGCCCAAGUUACUUGAGGAUAUUUUUCAUCAUUUUCAUAGUUACAUUCUUGAUUGGGUUGCUUAAAGUCCUUAUCAUUAGACAGGUGAUAUUACAAUGGAAUAGUAAUAAAAUAAAGUCCUCAGCAGAUUACAGGGUGUCGGCCUCAAAAAAGGACAAGAUGAUUCUGCAAAGUGUUUGCACAAGAGCAGUAACGUACCGACGUGAGAAGCCUGAAGAAAUAAAAUUGGAUAUCAGCAAAUUAAAUGCUCACGAAACUUUCAGGUGCAACUUCUAGAAAGAUAAAAAGUACUUUAUAGGAAACUGGAUUUUUAAUAAUUGCUCCUAAAAAUUAUAAUUUUAGAAGUCACAGGAGGAGACUGAUUGUUCCAGAUCAUGCCAGUUGCUGGCUGUCCACUCGAACGAAGACUGACAAGCGUCCUCAUCACCAUGUGACUCACAUCGCUGCUGAAUUUUUCAGAGAAAAAUGUGUCUUACUACUGUUUGAGACUAGUGUCAUGGUAGCACUUUACUGUAAUAUAUAACUUAUUUAGGUCAGCAUAGAAUGUAGAUCAUCUGAAGAGCACUGAUUACACUUUACAGGUACCUGCCCUUCCUACGCUUCCCAGAGAGACGCAGUGCUGUGAGGCGGCUUUGGCAUUGUAUCACUACAAGGGUACAGUAAUCCCUGCAUGGAACGUGCAACGGGAAAUAAUAAUAAGGCAGUUACAUUCAUGUUGCCGAACACUUCAACAACUGGCAGUGAAGCACCAAGAAAAGCCAGAUGAGUAAAUGGUUAGUGUUUCACUCAUGCAAGAGGUGAAGAGAUGAAACCUUAAUCUUGAGGGAUAUUGCUUUUGAAACUGAGUAGUUUUAGGCAUGUGGUUUGUCUUCUUCCUUUUACAAGACGGAUACUAAUUCCAACAUUCUCUCCCCUUUGCCUUUAUAUAUUUUGGUUUUCUUUCUUACAGGAUAAGUUUAUGUCACAGAUGACUGGAUUAAAUAAGUGCUAAGUUACUACUGCCAUAAAAACCUAAUACAAUGUCACUUUAUUAGAAUACUGGUUUUAAAAGCUGAAUGUUUAAUAAGGGACGUUUUUAUUUCACAUCAAAAUUUGAACAGCUUCCUUGUUUGCAGAUGUGGAGUUUUAUAUCUUCUUUCCUGGUAAACUGGAUGGACUGUUACACCAUUUCAUUGAAGCAUCACGUUAAAAUUCACAAGAUAUUUAGAAACUCUGCCUCAAGCAAAGUGCCACACUUUUGAGUGCAUUUUCUCAGAUAUUUACUACAAGUAGAUAUUAGCAUUUUUCAAAUUAAAAGCUAUAUUAUUUUUGCCCUUCCAUGAAGCCUAAGGAUAUUCUUUCCCUGUAUCACCUCAACACCACUUGCCAGAAUUCUAAAAGGAUGCAAUUGGAGGAGGAUAGACGAUAUCUGAGAAAUAAGCUAAUGCACCCUUUGAGUUAGUCAGGGAAACAAGGCUCAGAAAGUUUAAAUGAUUUCUCAAAAGCCUUCCCAGUGAUUAAGUGGCAGCAUUCAAAGAGAACUCCUAUCUUCAUAUUGACAGGCUAGUGGUCAUUGUAUAACAUCAUUCUACCUCUUGAAUCUUUGAAAUAUCCAAUUGGCAAGUAUUGUUAAAUGUGAUUUACUAAAGUCUUAAAUAUAUGGGCAUGAGAAAACUUCAAAGCAAAGCUGAAAAGAGUAAUUCAAACUGAAUUGGCAUGACUGGCUUCCAAUCUUUCCUGCGAUCAACUUCGAAGAGCAACGUAAUUACAGGGAGAUCUAGUCACACCUUAGCCUGUGUGACCAGCGCCCCCUAGAGUUGUGCAGAGCUCAGCCCGAGAGAUUGAUACAGAGGCCAUGAGCUUUUCAUCUUCCCCAAUGGAAACCUCUUCGCAGUUACCAUAUCCAAACAGACUUAGUCUGGUUUUUCUGGCUACAAGUCCAGCAGUUCUGUGUGGGGACAAAGCUUUGCCUAUGACGACACUGUCUUAAAGUUAACUUCCCAGAUUUGCUAUCUUCCCAGCACUUGAGUUAAUCACAGUGCUAGAUAUUUGCAUUUCAAUGAAGACUAACCCCCACCCCAUAUUCUACCCUAAGGAGCAUUUUAAAACAUGUAAUAAAUUGAUCUGGAGCCAACAGCGCAGCUCCAUUAGCAGCUCCCUAAAGCCAAGCAAUUAAGACUCCAAGUUGAACUGUAUUUCCUUCCCCACAUGACACUGGGGACAUAGAUAGAAUUCAGUACUGUGACUCACUUGUGUAAGAUGCCCUUAAUCACCAAGGAUAACGUAAAAAUCAUUUCGCAGCCUGCCUGUCACACAGAGCAUCUUUUUUAAAAAGGAAAAUAAAUGGAUACUUGACAGACUCCCAAAAGGAAAUAGAAAAAAAUAAAUCCAUUUAUUAAAAUGCUGACAAUUUUAAAAAAGAACAUUACAAUGUUCAUAAACUAAUUUUCAUGUGGAAUGAAUUACCCAAAAAAGCAUAAUAAUAUGAAAGCCCUAAAAAUUCAGGGUUUAUAUUUUUACACUCUCACUAGUUUGCACUAAUUUAUAAUGGACCGAGGCUGUUAUCACAAGAAGGAACAAACUUCCUGAUAGGCAGUUCAAUGCUAGAUGAUGACUGUCGUUAUGCUUGCGAUGUCUUGUGCUUUCUUUUUUUCACUUAAAGAUCUAAUUCUUAAAGAUUUUAGAGCUUCUAUUUUACUUGAAUAAUUGAUAUUUUCUUGUAUAAUGGCUUGUGAGAAGAGAAUUAAUAUUUGACGAGUUAGAAUUAAUUAAAAGGUAAGGGAAAACAGGGUAUUCUUAGAUUAAAUAAUAUUUGUAAAUAGAGCCUAUUUUCAACUAAUAUGACCACAGGAGCCUUUUGAGAUUCACUGAUGUUAAACACAAGUAAAGAAAUUUUAAAUGGUUGGCAAAGAACUUGACCAUUUUUGGUACGACAGCAUUUCUGUGCCCUAACAUAUGUAAUGAUUUAGAAAUGUGCCAUACAUACACUACAAUAUAACUGUAUGCAUUUUAUUUCUCUGGGGACAUCUUUACACUGCAGUGUGCAUGGAUUUAUAAGCAUUUGAUAUCAUUUUGAAAAUUUAUGAAUAUUUAUAAACUCAUAGAUAUUCUCCAUAAGACUCAAAAAUUCACUAAAAAUCUGAUUAUGUCCUAAAUGUUUGAUAUAGCUUUGGUUAAUAACAAUUAAAAAAAAUCUAAAGCUAAACAGAAUAGAUUUCUCUAGCGGCAAAUUUUUCAAAACUCAAAAUUAAAACUAGUGUAUACAUUAGAUGCAACACUUCACUGAAGAAUAAAUUUCAAAUAUUGGGUUGUCAGAAAAGUCAUGAUGCAUUUUUGCAACGAAAAACAUAGAAAAAAUACGUCAUGACUUUUCCGACAACCCAAUAUUUUAAAUAUAUACUUAAUCUCCAUUGAAGAUAUCCUUAUGUAUUACAACAGGUAUCCAUGAGACACUGAAAUAUUUUUAUGACAGACUAUGAAAAUUUUUCUCCAUAGAAUUAUAUUCCUCCAGGUACCUGGUCUAGCAAAUUAGACUUGAUGGUUUGUACUUCCUUUCCUUACUCCUGUUUUUUCCGCUCAGUUUUCUUAAGGGACUGCCCUAAAACUUCAAACUCAAUAAGCCUAAUUGG